AUGGGAGUCAAGGAUCUGGUCCAGUGGGUGAAGAAGACUCACCCAAAAGCCAUCACCCAUUUCCCAAAUCGAUGGGCAUCACCCGAAUUUAAGGGGAAAAAGGUGGCCAUCGAUGCGACGCUCAUGACAAAUCGAUAUCAUUUCGCUUCGAGGGAUGGACCGUUCAAAGGGAAAGGGGAGAUAAUAGGUUGGUACAACUUGAUUUCGGAGAUGAGUGCAUACGGGGUAAAGCCAAUAGCGAUCUGGGAUGAAAGAGGACCAAGGGAAUGGAAAGCUCCAGAGACCGUCAAACGUCUGACAGCUCGAGCGAAUCAUCUGGCCCGCCGGAACCACGAGCUCGAUCGUGCAUCUCGACUGGAUCAAUUCAAGGAGGUACUAACGGAAUUUCAAGCAAUGACAGAAGAAGAAAAAGAUAUAAUCAGAGGUCUUUUUGUGACUACACGAUUCGCCUUCCACAGACCGAAAGAGGAAGAACACUCGAUCGGCUGGGAUGAACCUGGAAUGUAUGACACACCUCCUACAUCACCUUAUUCAAUCGAAUCAUCCUCUCCCUCUCUACCUAUCGAGAAUAUCCCUCCUGCUGCCCCAUACACCUCUCCUUUUGUUGCAGAUAUUCCUUCACCUAUCGAGCAUAUCCCCAGCCCACCUAUUCAAGACACAGUAUCACCCGAAGUUGACUCUACAGCCUUACCUCCACCCAUCCCACCCCUGCCCGAAGGUAUCACCUCACCCACUAAAGCCUCUCAGCUAUCCUCCACACUAUCCGAAGCAGACAGUCAAGUGAUCGAUCGAGUCGUCUCAAUGAUUGAUAAUUUAGCACCUCUCAUUCAAGAAUACAGAGAAUCGCAAAGAAAGGGUCAGGGCGGCUCCAAGCUAGAUAGUGAGGAUAUUGACUUGAGUUUGAAUGGGGAGAUUGUAGAAAUGGAGGAAGAUCUGAGAGAAUGGAUACCUUCCAAAUCACCAACUGGUCAAAAGGACUUGACAGAUAGAGAAGAGAAAGUUGAAGAGUUAGACUCGGUAUUGGAGGAAUUAUUACCCGCUAGUAAUGUCGGUGAAUCUCCUAGACAACAGGCUUUGACAAUCGAAGAAGGGGAGAUCAUCACUCAGAUGUUGUCUAGUCCACCUUUACCUCCUUUCAAAGAGUCAGCGCCUCAAUCUCAGGAAGAACAGGUAUGCCCUACUCCUCCUCCUACACCUGAACUUGAGGUUAAAGAAGAAGAGAUCAAACUUGAUCCCAUGGCUAGGUUAGAUCGGUUGAUCGAACAAUUACCAAUGACUAGAAGUAUUUAUGAAAGAGCUUUAGAUAUCCCCUCAGCAGGCGAUCACGAGGAUUGUAAAGAGUUAUUGAAGAUUAUGGGUGUACCUGUACUAGAAGCGAAGAUACCUUAUGAAGCUGAGGGAUUGGCUUCUGCUUUGGCGAAGAGCGGUUUGGUGGAUUAUGUAGGUACCGAAGAUAGUGAUGUUCUGGCUUAUGAGGGUCCACUUCUUAAAAAUCUCUCUCCAAUCAACUCAUCCCUUUCCCUCAUAUCGGGUACCAAACUCCGAUCCCUCACUGGUCUUUCCCCUGCGUCAUAUCUAGAUUUUUUGAUCUUACUUGGAACAGACGCUUCACCACGUAUACCAAAUGUUGGUCCCGUAAAUGCACUGAAGCAUAUCAAAGCCCAUGGAUCAAUUGAGAAGAUCUUGGAGAAUGAACCGAAAGUAUUAGCAAAGUUGGAAGACGACUCGAUAGGUAGAGAGAGGUUCAUGGAAUUAGUCAAUAAUGCUAGAAAAGUGUUCACGGAUUUACCUCCCACUGGUCAAUGGGGUAAUGAUGAGCUGGAAGACAGACAGUGGGAUGAGAGUGAGGUAGAGAGGUUCUUGGAAGACAGACAUGGUAUACAAUUAGUAGAUCGAGAAUCCAAUCUAUGA